CGCGGAAUGCGUAGCGGAUCUAGUAAAAUUUUCUCUUCCGCAUUUUCACGUUUCUGCGCUUCAUGUAAUAGCACCCUAAGGCUGCUGAAUCGUGGUUCCGUUACUUCUUUUCGUGUUCGCAUGCUGCGGUAGAGAAUCCUCCAAUCAUGCAGAUCUUCGUGAAAACUCUCACGGGUAAAACUAUUACCCUUGAAGUUGAGGCAUCUGAUACCAUUGAAAAUGUUAAGGCCAAGAUUCAAGAUAAAGAGGGAAUUCCACCUGACCAACAAAGAUUAAUCUUUGCUGGUAAACAAUUAGAAGAUGGAAGGACUUUAUCAGAUUACAACAUCCAAAAAGAAUCUACUCUUCAUCUGGUAUUGCGCUUGCGAGGUGGUGCUAAGAAGCGCAAGAAGAAGAAUUAUUCCACCCCAAAAAAAAUUAAGCACAAAAAGAAGAAAGUUAAGCUUGCUGUACUAAAAUAUUACAAGGUGGAUGAAAACGGUAAAAUCCACCGUUUGCGCCGGGAAUGUCCGAUGGAGCAAUGCGGCGCAGGUGUAUUUAUGGCCGCAAUGGAAGACCGGCAUUAUUGCGGAAAAUGCGGAUAUACUCUUGUUUUUAACAAACCGGACGACAAAUAAAAAAAAGGUUUAUAUGUAAAUAUAAUAUGUAAAUAUUA